CAUCAUACACAACCCCGCUGUCAGACAGUGACGUCACCACACAGCGAGACGGACAGUUGAAGGCUUCGGGUACAGAGACUAUUGUUGACGUUUUGUUUUGGUCGCUUUUGUCUGGAUUUUGGGACAUUUCGCCGACAUUAUUCCCCCUUCGACUCUACCAUCACGCCUCAGUGCGGGGAUCCAGCAAAGAUGAAAUGGAUGUUUAAGGAGGACCAUUCCCUCGAGCACCGAUGUGUGGAAUCAGCCAAAAUACGCAACAAAUAUCCUGACAGAGUACCGGUGAUUGUGGAGAAGGUUUCUGGCUCUCAGAUAGUGGACAUUGAUAAGAGGAAGUACCUGGUGCCCUCUGACAUCACAGUGGCCCAGUUCAUGUGGAUCAUCAGGAAACGCAUCCAGCUGCCUUCAGAGAAAGCCAUCUUCCUCUUCGUUGACAAAACUGUCCCCCAGUCAAGUCUGACUAUGGGCCAGCUGUACGACAAGGAGAAGGACGAGGACGGCUUUCUGUACGUGGCCUACAGCGGAGAAAACACCUUUGGUUACAGGGCCUCUUCUACAACAAAGGGUUAAAGCUUCACUGAAUAUCAGUUUCUCUUCCUCUCCCUCUCUCUCUCUCUCUCACACACACACACACACACACACACACACACACACACACACACACACAGUAGUGCCCAACAUAUAAUAGAGUACAAUGUUUCAGACAUUGAUCUUUUCGUGCAUUACAUGAGUAAGGCACCUACACACUUGGCACAGUCAUUUAUGGUCAACUUUUGAUACUAAAACACACACAUUUUGGGUAAAAAUGAAAAUUAAUUAUUAACCAAAAUACUACGAUUAACAAUCUUGUUCUUUUUGUUUUUCGACAUGCUCAGAUUAUUAGUGUCACUGUUGACUUUAAUGAUUAGACUUUUUAUGAUUUAAAGGUCAGUUGUGGAGAGAAAUAUCUUUAACACUGCCGUACAAUUAGAAUAACAACCACCACACAUUGUAGACAUGUCAGAUAUCAAUAAUUUCAACAUUUGUAUUACAUUUAGGGGGGAAAAAAACCCAACCCAAAAGCCCAAUCAUGAUACGUAUUCUUUCAGUCUAGAUUUUUGUUCAGACAUUUCUGUUUUGCUGAAGUGAGAAAGAAACCCUAUAAUCACAUGACUAGCAUCACUAACCAUGUUACAGAUGUGUUUGUAUGGCUUGUCAUAUCAUGUGUGAAAAUGUUAGUGUGUACAGGGACACUCAGCACUAUGAUAGGCUCGGAGAACGAUUGUAAACACAUGAAAGAAGCAGCUCAUGUUAUGGAGACAUUGAAUGAGGGUGCUCAGGGUCAGGGCCAGCACCGGUCCCUGGGGUGAUACUGAGUGCUUCCCAGUCUGGAUGUUAUGUAUUUGCACAUUAUGCUUGCUGAAGAGAUGUCAGCACCAUCCAGGAUAUCUCAUGAUGCCAACAGCACGUCAUGCACCUCAGUGAACGGCUAAAGAAAUCCAACACUUUACUUGAAGUUGAUUGUGUUGUGUAUUGUGAUAUUAUUACACUGACAUCACAGAGCAGCAAUCUGAAAAUUAAAACUCACUCAGCUGCUCUUCUUAUAUCAUCAGUCUGUAACGCUUCAGUAAAGGCUUCCUACAGUUCCCAGAAUGCCAUGCGUGUGUGCAACCAUGUCUUUUGUGAAUCAUGAGGGUGU